AUGUUUUUGGCCAUCGAUCCUCGAAGGUUGAUAUUCCGUCACCAACUCAUUACAUUCCUCUUACUUUUCGACCUCCUCAAAGCCAUCAUUUUGCUUUUAUACCCGACCAGAGUCAUGACUCAUUUCAAUUCCUACUACAACGACAAAUUUUGUCAGGCGGUAGGGUUUCUUACAGCAACCGCCAUAGAAGGUGCCGACUUUGCGAUUUUGGCUUUUGCUAUCCACACAUUUCUUUUAAUUUUUAAGCCGUCUUUAUCGGUGAAAACGUCCAAUGGAGUCGAAGGAGGAUUGUACCGAUUUCGUUUUUACGUAUACGGACUCUCGUUUCUCAUUCCUUUGAUUUUAGCCUCAUUGGCUUAUAUCGGUAAUGGAGGCUAUAAUUCGUUCGUAUGCUGGUGCUACUUGCCUCAACGACCUGUUUGGUAUCGACUCGUUUUGAGCUGGGUUCCUCGUUAUAUCAUUUUCGUUUUCAUUAUGGGAGCCUAUGCCUUUAUCUACUUUCAUGUAAUACGAGAAUUCCGUACUCUUGGGGGAGUCUUCACUACCCAUCCAUCGGCUGCGAAUGCAACAUGGAACUCGUCUGGCACUCAACAAUGA